UUGACCGUUUUCUUCUCUCGUCUUCCGUGCCGUUAGGUCGUGCCCUUGUUCUCUCGCCCAGACACCCAAAUCAAAUCAGCAGUCGUGCAAUCCUUAACUUGAUUAUUAUUUUGUUGCAGUGUGUGUGAAAACCCAUCCAAAAGAAACCACUGUAGACUUCCAGGGGCUUGCGAUCGUUAAAUCGACACGUGGAGAAAAUGUCGUCACACUCGUCGUCCAUCAGCGAAUCGUUUGAAUCGAAUUUUUUAAUUACGUGCGGCAUGUGUUUGAAAGAAUAUGGCGAAAAUCGAGAACCCAAGUUUCUACCUUGCGCCCACACGUUCUGCCGAUCAUGUCUCACGGAAAUUAAACAAAAUACCGAAAUCAAGUGUCCAAUCUGCAGGAAGAUUCAUUCCUUUUCUGAAGAUUUGCCAAACAAUAAUUACGUCGAAUCCUUGAUCGAAUUAGACAUGAAACUUGCUGAUAUCGAGGCUCGCGAGAAGGACAGCGUGGUUCAGUCUGUCGAACUCAAAAACGAUAUUCAAGCUUCCUUAGUUGUGUUGGCGGAAUGUGCGCAGGAUGUGGAAACAGAGAUGAUGGGACAUCUUAGGAAGGAAUUUUCCACCUCAACUCCAAUUGGACAGCAGUCACCUUUUGGUUCCAAAAUCGACACUUUUCUUUCGGAAUUGAGAAUGCUUUUGAAUAGCCCAGCCCCCGCCAGAAAUCAAUUGACAGCGGCCACAGAAACAGUUUGCAACUGGUUUCAGAAACAUCAAAUGAAAAAUAAAGACUAUGCCAAUUUGUUGAUCGAGCUUGAAUCUAGAAUGAUUGAAAUCGAGAAUCGAGAAAAAGAGUGGAUUUCUCGUAAUCUCAAAAGGGAUAUCAAGUCGUCCCUGGCGAAAUUAACGAAAUCAAUCCACAGAGCCGAGGAUGACAUUAUGAAGCAACUCGAAAACAACGAAACACUGGCCAUGGCUAACGUCCGAAAAUCCGAGUGCGAUAUUCACUUCCAAACUGUGUUUAAAUUGGAAAGUUUAUGGGAGAAACGAUUGCCCAUCCGUGGCGAACCUCAAGAUUUUCAGUACAAAAUGCAGGAGUAUUUGGCGUUUGUUAUUCGACAUUUAUUAUCGGACGAAAUUGUCUUCAUUUGGAUAGAACAACAAUAUGUCUACAAGGUUUCUCUCGAAUUGUUAUCAAAUCGGGAUCUUUUCACUGCAGCCCUGCAUGAAAGUAAAGAAGGGAUAGAAGUACAAGUUGAUUUGAGCAAAACUCCUUAUAGAGAUUUACACGAGCUUUAUUCUGCUUUGAUUUUUGCAUUGGCCACUGCUGCUAUAAAUAAUUCAAUUGAAGAUAAAAGUGGAGAUUGCAAACUGAACCAUGCCAUUUUGAAACGUUGGACAUGUUCAAUAUUAAAACGGUACAUUGACGAGAGUGAUAGCAGCGGAAUGCAACUGAUAUUUGUUGUACAAACUGUGGUCGCUAAGCUACAACAUCCCAAAGGUUUGAUGCAAGAAAUCUUUGAGGUGCUGUGUGAAGAGGGCCUUUUGUCAUGGGUUAUCGAUCCAUCGAUCGUUGCUCCAUCCUCCGGCGAAUCAAGUUUUCAAGGGGGAAGCAAACUUGUCGCAUAUUUGAUUUCUGAUUUGAUUUCGUCGUAUAUGGCAGAAAAAUCAUUACAUGAAGACAAACUAAAUGAAUCUAUUGAUAUUGAAUGUAUAAGUAUAUUAUAACAAAAUGCCUAAUAGCCCAUAUCCAUGGAAUAUCGCGGAAUAUCGCCAUAUCGAUUGAAUCCCCAAUUAAUUUCUUCCUACACGUUCCCAUAUUAAAAAUCAAGUUCGUUUGCUAAAUCAUUUAACAUCUGUUCUAAUACAUAUAUUCCAAGUUA